AUGAUACGGCAUGAAAGCGACUUCCGCCUCGCGCAGGACAACUUCCUACUGCCAGGCCAAAUCGAAUGGGCAGAUUGGAAACGCUUCGUCGCGGAACUCAACACGAAACAUUCGAAUGGCCAUAUCCACGAUAGGUUCGUGUACGGCGAACUCCGCCGCAGCCGAUUGCACACACUUCUGUUUAUACGGUCUAAUUCCAGGGAAAGCACGUAUGUUUCGCGGUCGUAUCGACACGGAGUAUUCUUCCGUGACAACUUUGCCUGGCUGGCGUCCGCCACGGUGUACAUCGCGAUUCUCUUGACGGCUAUGCAACUGGGGCUGGCCACCAACGCUCUUGCGGAAAACGCCUUCUCCCACUCCGCUUCGUACGAGUUCACAGUCUUCGCCAUCGUCGGGCCUUUGGCCGCGGCCGGUCUGAUCAUCACGCGUUGCGCGUAUCGCACGGCGUUGCACCUGAUCAGCGCCGAUAGAGCCUAUCGAAAAAUCCUAAGAGAUGGGAGAAAAGGGUUCCUACGGUCAUAG